AAUAAAAUGCGUGAUGUGUCAAAAAAAUUGGAUUGAAAUUGUGAAAACUGUGAAAUAUUAACGUGUCAUUGCCGACCACCGGCAAAGUCGUACGCGAACUGCAUGUCGAGAUAAAUAAACUGACCUGUUCACAUCAUUUUAUAUCGCCCUUCUCUGAAGCUGCUUUGUAGCAUUAGCUUCCGCAAUGAAGGUGAUAAGCUAUGUGGCAGCUAGCUUGCACUUGCCUGUAACGUUAGCUGAUCUCUAGACCUCAGAGCCAAGUAUGAAUCCGAGGCAGUGACAGCGGCAGUUGGUGGCAGCAGAGCAGCCAAAUUCAACCAGUGGCUAUCUAGAGAGCAAGCCAGCCUGGCCUGUGUUUACCUGGUUCUCAGGUGAUAGGUGAGCAGGGGGCGGGGGGCAGGGCCACCCACGCGGUAGGAGGGAUGCCUGUGGAGGGCGGAAGCAGCAGCGGCUCUGCCUCGGCUGCCCGUCACCCCAAGCAGAAGCGUAAGGCUCACAGUUUAUCUAUCCGGCGCACCAACAGCACAGAGGAGAGGCCGCCGGGCAUCCUAAGAGGAGACAUGCUGGAGGGACAGGACUCCAAGCUGCCCCUGUCCUUACGGAACAAUCUUCUCGACCUUUUCGGCCAGAUUGAACGGGAGUUUGAAAAUCUCUACAUUGAAAACAUCGAAUUACGCCGGGAAAUCGACUCUCUGAAUGAGCGUCUGACCGGAGAUGGACAGACUGUUGAAGGAGGAGACCCCACCAAGGCAGCUCUGAAAACAAAAGCCAGCCACAGCACCAGUCAACUGUCACAGAAGCUGAAGACAACCUACAAAGCCUCUACCAGCAAGAUUGUGUCCAGUUUUAAAGCCACCACAGGGUCCCGGGCUUUAUGCCAGCUGCUCAAGGAGUACGUGGGCCACCGAGAUGGCAUAUGGGACCUCAGUGUCACCCGGACUCAGCCAGUGGUCCUGGGCACAGCCUCCGCAGAUCACUCAGCUCUGCUGUGGAGUAUAGAGACUGGGAAAUGUCUGCUGAGGUAUGCGGGCCAUGCAGGAUCAGUCAACUCCAUCAAGUUCCACCCCACAGAGCAGAUGGCCCUCACAGCCUCUGGGGACCAGACAUCACACAUCUGGCGCUACAUGGUGCAGCUUCCUGCACCGCAGCCACCACCAGAUGUCAGUGCUCCAUGUGAUGACGACCAGGACUCGUCAGACAGAGAAGAAGGGGAGGUGGAUGGCGAAGGGCCGUGUGAGGUACCCACUGUCCGGGUCCCCACAGCAACCCUGAAGAGCCACCAAGGUGUAGUGAUUGCAGCUGAUUGGUUGGUGGGGGGUCGCCAAGUGGUGACAGCUUCCUGGGACCGUGCUGCCAACCUGUAUGAGGUGGAAACAUCUGAACUGGUUCAUGCACUCACUGGACAUGACCAGGAGCUGACCCACUGCUGCACACACCCUACCCAGCGCCUGGUGGUCACUUCAUCCAGAGACACCACCUUUAGACUGUGGGACUUCAGAGACCCGUCCAUCCACUCUGUCAACGUCUUUCAGGGACACACUGACACAGUGACGUCGGCAGUAUUCACGGUGGGUGACAAUGUGGUUUCCGGGAGUGACGAUCGCACCGUCAAGGUGUGGGAUUUGAAGAACAUGAGGUCGCCCAUAGCAACCAUCCGCACUGACUCAGCUGUGAACAGGAUAAGCGUCUCUGCCAACCAGAGGAUCAUCGCUCUGCCACACGACAAUCGACAGGUCCGACUGUUUGACAUGAGCGGAGUGAGGCUGGCCAGACUUCCUCGCAGCAACAGAAUGGGACACAGACGGAUGGUGUGUUGUACAGCGUGGAAUGAGGAGAACCAGUCGUGCAACCUGUUCACCUGCGGCUUUGACCGACAGGCCAUUGGCUGGAACAUCAACAUACCUGCACUGCUGCAGGAGAAGUGAUGCAACUGACACACGCGCAUCAACAAACACACAGUAGCGUAGGAGGUGGUAUACAUAAACACUGUAAUCUGUGGCCUUGCACAUGCUAGCAUGUUGGAAGUGUGAAGCAGUUUACUCAUCAUGUAUUUCAUAGAUGUCCAGCUUCUGGGCUGUGAAGAACAUUGUUCAUUAUCACAAUUACUGUAUUGUUGCUUUCCAGGAUACAGCUAUUGAUACUGAUUGAUAGCACCGGAUGAAAUACUCUGUCUAACCAAUAUGUUCUUGACUAAUUGUUUGGUCAGUGGAAGUCAAAAAAAGUUUCUCAAAGCCCAAGAUGACGUACUCAGUUGUCUUGUUUUGUCCAUCAAAAGAUAUUUUACGGUCAUCUGAUUUUUUUGUUUUUCUUUUUAAUUCUGGCAUAUUACCCCUGUAACUAUUGCAGCUCUAGUCAUUCAUUGUCUACACUUGUAUUUGAAGCUGCAAAAACAUCACCUGGUGUCAAGUGACUGACCACUUCCAACAUUGAGUGGUGUGUAUGAGGCCACAGAGCCGAUCCCCUGUAUUUGAUCCUUUCACUUAUAUAGCAUGAAUCGUGAAUUGUGACAUGGCUAGAUUGAACCUGUCCUCCCUAGCCUUUUUCCUCUUUUAAAGUACAAAGUAUAUAUAUUUGACUCCACAGUCAUAGGCUGCUGCUCACAUCACUGUCGUUUAGUUACUGCUGAAUGGUUGCUCCUGCAUGUAGAUAAAAAAAACCUGUUUUGUGAAUGUUACUUGUAAAGUUGUGAGAGAUAAAAUUCUAAUGCCAGGAGAGUUUGUAGAAUAUGAUACAAAGAUGUUCUGUAUAUAUUAUGUCGUGGCCUCAUUAAGCGACUUGUGCUGCAGGUUGUCGCUAGUUUGUGGAUUAAGUGUCUUUACGGUUAUCUACCUUUCGUGGGUGGAGUUUGGCAGAGAUAACGCGGCUCUGUUCAUUGUUUUUAUCCUUUUAGUCAGAAUAUUUCUUAUCAUGGAGCAAAACAUAUCAUAUCAAGGCCUGCCAGAUGACCUGCUGUGUCAUUCAGUUGUCUUAAAAAAAUGUUUUCACACAGGAUCAGCUGUCCUGUCUGAAAGUCUCAAAAUCACUCAUUGAGAUUUGAGUCCUUGCCUGUUACCUUUGAUGCUUUUCGGUUCACACUCAGCCUCCAUAUUUUCCAGAUUUUGUUUUUUCACACGUCUGAUACUGUAACUCUGCCUUGUUCCAUGUUUACAGUAAGAUUUCUUUUUUUUUUUAAGUGUACCUCUAUUCUGCAAAGUGUCAAGAGCAUAGCAAUAAUGGGAAAAUGACAGCACUUCUUUUGCUCACAAAUCUUUUGUAGGUCUGUGAAUGGGAUGUUAUCAUAUUCUAAUAUUCGCUACAUGUUAAAGGUGUAGAUAUUACUACUUUUAGCCAUAAUAUGCACCCGUAUUUCCCUGUGUAAGUGAAUCACUUCCUCUUCACCCCCCUCGCCAACUCUGAGCCCUGCGUUGCUGUAAUGCGUCAUCCUCAAGUGACUUUUGUUGGUUACUGGUUAUUUCUGUGCUUCAGUAACAGCCUGUCAAUAUGAAGUUAGAGUGUUUGCACUUUGCAUUGAACCCUUAGCCUUGUACGACCUGUUGCACCUCUAGCUGUAGAUGCCGCUUUUUCAGUCUGUGAGAGGCUUUAUCCAAAACACAGAAGCAAUAACCCGGCUCCUAAAUGUUUCUGGUGCUCAGAGUGAAGCCCAUUUCCGUUUUGGAAAUCAGUGGAUACGACUUGAAAUCUGCACUGAAUCUCAGUUUGAGAAUUAUAACUAGAUUUGGGUUGAACGUCAUCAAGGAAACUCUAUUUGUACUUGUGCAAUAUCCGAAACAUGAAGUCAUGCUGUAGUUUUUCAACAUAAAGUGUUAUUUCAGUGCUGCAUAUCCCAUAAUCUUACAUACUUGUGUGACAGAUGUAGAUGUAGCUCAGUGUACAUAGGUUUGAAUUACUCAGCCAAAAGUUGGCUUCAGGCUACACUUCACCGCUCCUUCGACCAACAAUGGAGUGAGGAUGGAUUUUGAAGUAGCAUGAGCCUAAAAAAAAAAAAUCUAAUCAACUUAUUUAAAUGCCUUACCAUUGCAUUAAAAUUGUGCAUUAGCCUUAUCCAUCUGAGCAUCAAUGCACUUUUCCAAAUGCUUGUUAAAUAACUAAUUGUGUUCCACUGCACAGUGCAGAUAGGAUUUUACAUUCCUGCUUCAUUCAGGGAACUCAAUCUCUCGCCCACUGAUAUCAAUGUCAUUUUAAUCCGCAGGUAGGAAAGGCGAGUCCGAUUCGCACCCCGCGUGAAUUCUGACUCGGAGGAAAUAUGAUUUUUGGAUUGAUACAUUAAAUUAUUACGUGCCAGAUCGGAGGGGUAAAAAAAAAAAAUACAGUGGAUAGGCUUUCGCUUCAUUGUCGCAAGUCAUAUUCACCUCCAACUUCAUUAUGUGAUCUACUUUACAUACUUUAUUGUGACGGGUACGUGCUCUCUGACACUUUCCAAUAAAAACGUGUGAUUUCCUUUUCCAGUC